CGGAUACUGAUUUGCUGCAACUAAACUUCUUAUCAACAGGUCUAUGUACGUCUAUUAAAAUUUCUAGAUAACAUUAUAUAAUGUCAGUUGAAGUAUUUUUAACAUAACCUUGAAUAACAAACUCAAGUGGGAGAUGUUUUAGAAGUAAGUGACUUUAUAAAUUAUAAAAUUUAGUUAUUUCUUAAAUUCGGUGACGGAAUUAUAUAAUUUGUUUCCCGCUAUGGCAAGUAAGGUACCCUCAGUUAAACUUAACAAUGGACGAGAAAUACCAGCUUUCGGUUUAGGAACGUGGAAGUCUAAACCAGGUGAAGUAACACAGGCAGUUAAAGAUGCCAUUGAUGCCGGAUACAGGCACAUUGAUUGUGCCUAUUUCUACGAAAACGAAGCUGAAGUAGGAGCUGCUUUAAAGGAUAAAAUUGACAGCGGAGUAGUAAAACGGGAAGAUCUGUUUAUUACCAGCAAACUUUGGGUUACUUUUAUGAAACCUGAAUUAGUGGAACCAACUUUCCAAGAGACACUCCAAAACUUAGGUCUCGAUUAUCUAGAUCUAUAUCUUGUUCACUGGCCAGCUGCUCUUAAGGAAGGAGGUGCUUUGUUGCCUAAGCGUCCAGACCACGAAACUCUUGGUAUCUUCAGCGACGUAGAUUAUUUAGACACAUGGAAAGAAGUAGAAAAACUUGCCAAAAAAGGUUUAGCCAAAUCCAUAGGUGUCUCCAAUUUUAAUAAAAGGCAACUAGAAAGAAUUCUUGCAAACGCCACCAUAAAACCAGUCAAUAAUCAGAUCGAGUGUCACCCAUACCUCAACCAGAAAAAACUUAUCGCCUUCUGCAAAUCCAAAGAUAUUUCCGUAACUGCCUACAGUCCCUUAGGUUCUCCAGACAGACCGUGGGCUAAACCUGGUGAUCCAAUUCUCACUGAAGAUCCUAAAAUUAAGAAGAUUGCAGAGAAAUACAAGAAAUCUAGUGCACAAGUAAUUCUAAGAUAUCUUUUGCAAUCUGGAGUAAUUCCAAUUCCAAAAUCAGUUAACAAGAAUAGAAUACAAGAGAACAUAAAUAUAUUUGACUUCGAGCUCUCAGCAGCUGAUGUAGCUGUAAUGGAUACCUUUGAUUGUAACGGAAGGGUAUGCUGGUAUGUCGAGGCCAUUGGACAUCCACACUAUCCUUUUAAUGAUGAGUACUAAGUGUAUAUAAUAUUAAAUAAAAAAAGUCACCAAUAUUUGUGUUUAAAUUUUAAUACAAUAAAAGUCAAAUACUAACAUCA